AAAGAUAACAAUUCAACUAAAUGAUCUACGUGAAAGAUUUACAAGGUUGCCAGGUAACUGAAUGUAAUCGAGACUUGGCCUAGCAAAAUCUCACCAAGGGUUAUUGAAGACUAAAGGAAAAUGAAAAAGAAUUUAGGAAAAAGUACCUUAAGUGGCAAGAGAAGUGUUGGCAAUGUUAGCAUGGCUGGAAGCCAAGCCAGUUAUGGCACACAAACUAAAAUUGGUUUUAGAGCUUCAAAGAGUACAAUGUAUGGGACUGGAAGUCGAAGAAAUGUUGCCAUAGAUGAGAGAUCACAGAAAAGCACAGCUCAGAAAGCAGCAGUACAGGUUUAUGAUGAGCUAGGUCAAGAUGUUACACCAAGGAGCCUUCUACCAGCCGAUGUACAUUCCCAAAGGAAGAAUCAAAGUAGCAACAUGAUUUUGGCUGAUUCAUCCUCUGUUGGCACUCCCUCUGAACUUGCACAGUCAAUAUAUGGAACAAGUAUGCAAACAAGCUAUGCUCAAGGUUUUACAAGAUCAAUGAUGGGCUCAAUGAUUGGAGGAUCAUCUAGAAUUUCGUUAGAUUCAAUAACAGAUGAAAUAACGGAACCAAGUCAUACUCACGACUUUUCAACUGGGCUUACAGAUAUUCAGACGAGAAGAGCAUUUGUCAAAGAAGAUUUAUCUGAAGCUGAUCUAGAUAGAAUGGUUAACGUUAAGCUGUCAGAAACUGACACUAUAUGGCACUUAGAUAUGCCUGGUAUUUCAGUGUCAAAGGACAGCGAUAUUGCGGAAGAAGUUAGGAUGCGAAACAAGAAAUACGAAGAGCUACUGAAGAAUCGAGCUGGAAAUGACAUGUAUGUUGAGCGUGGUAUGCAGACGUACAAUAAUGCACCAAAACAAAAGGAAGUGCAGACAGUGUACGUCGGUAAACAGGAUUUUGGAUGCAUGGCUACGAAUUGGGACCUUUACGACACGUUUGCCAAGACUGACCCGAAGAAGGACGAUGCAAAAGGAGAUGGAUUUAUUGAAAGCCUCAGCAGACCGAGCUCGAGAGAAGGCAAUCAAGAGACUGAGGCACUGCCUAAUGUUGUUGACGGUGGAGAUGUUGCGUUGACAAAUCUACAAAAGAGCACAAGUGUGCAGUCGUUGAUGACAGAAAGCAGAGCGAGUUUUAUGACAACGAGUAAUACGUCUGAUGUUGGGGAUCUGCAAGAAAGGGAGAGUUUGUCACAAGCCAAUAUCGAUAUGCAAGCUGAAAAAAUCUUAAAGUCAGAAUCGAUGAAGAAAAACCUAUUUGUAGUGGAAAGAGCUGUCGUUCAGAAUAUAUUCCAUGCAAAGCAAGCAAGUUACAAGGGUCUUGUCGCAGUUACAGAUUCGUCUAAAGAACCUUCGGAGGAAAAAGAAGCAAUCGAAACAAAGAUUGGUCCGAAUCUCACAAGGUUAUGGGCGUAUUCCUGCAACAUCACGAAAGGGAAAAAAGUUAACUGCAUGGCAUGGAACAAAGCGAAUCAAGAUCUUUUGGCAGUUGGUUAUGGCAAUUUCGGGUCAGAUUCAAAUGAAGAGGGUCUUAUUUGCUGCUGGUCAUUAAAGAAUCCAGAAUUUCCCGAAAGGCUUUAUCAUCUUCCUAGUGCUGUCACAGCGUUGGAUUUUUCGUCUGCCUUCCCGAACCUUCUGGCCGUGGGACUUCGUGAUGGGACAAUAGCCAUAUACAACGUGAGGCAUACGACUGACUCUGCUGUAUUGGACAGCUCAGAAAGUCAUGGAAAACAAUCAGGCCCAAUUUGGCAACUUCGGUGGAUCGACCGUAAUAAAGGAACCGGCGAAGACAAAGGUGGCGAGGUUUUAGUUUCUGGCUCAGCCGAUGGUCGGAUAACCCAAUGGUCGAUACGAAAAGGCUUUGAAUUUCAAGAUCUGAUGAAGUUGAAAAAAAUGAACGUAGCAAAACAAGCAGGAAAAUCGCCAACAAAAGGAGACGGGAAAAAGGGAGACGCUUUAAUAUCGCGAUAUGUUGCUGCAAUGUGCUUCGAUUUUCACCCUGAUGAUGGAAAUUUAUACAUUGCAGGGUCAGAGGAGGGAAAUAUAUACAAAUGCUCGUGUUCGUAUAACGAGCAGUUCCUUGAAACCUAUACCGGUCACACAGGUCCAGUUUAUAAAGUUGUUUGGUGUCCGUUUCUAUCGGAUGCUUUCAUAAGCUGCAGUGCCGAUUGGAGUAUUAGAAUAUGGCACCAGGACAAACAGUCACCAGUUUUAACUCUGCAAUCAGCACAGGCAACAGUAAGUGAUAUUGAUUGGUCCCCGCGAUCCCCCACCGUAAUUGGGGCUGUCAAUGACACGCAGGUGGAGAUUUGGGAUCUCGCUUAUAGCACGCUUGAUCCGCUGAUAGUUAACGUUUCGAUUGACAAGAAUCUUCAGCUAACCUCCAUAAUAUUUGCUAUUGAUACCGAGGCAGUCUUGAUUGGCGACAGUGAAGGACAAGUUACUGUUUACCAGCUGAGAUCAAUGCCGUCAAUAUCACCCCAUCAGGUUGGGAUUCUCUCCAAAAUGAUCCACACUGUGGAUGCCAAUCAUCUUAUCGACGAAGAAGAUAAUUAUGAAAACGAUAACGAGGCACCGUUGAGCAGAUAAUGUACCACAAAGUUGGUUAUAUCAAGGAUUGUAAAGUUUUGUUGUAAAAUUUGUAAAUAAUGUUCUUAUUUGAUGCUCUGGAGAAGAUGUGAUUAA